AUGGGGUUCGCGAAGCGGUCCCCCGUGGCCAAUGCACGGCGCAAGCAGAGCUCUAAGCGGAGCGCGGUGGCGGGAGCGAUGGCGGAAGUAGCAUCUGCGGUUCACGAGGACGAGAGGGCAGCUGUGGUUACUGCAGCAGGUGAGGCCUCUGCUGAGAGUGCUGCCUCUGCUGACCAUGCGUCUGCCACCACUGCUGCUCCUGCUGUCGCUGUUGCGAUCCCCGAGCGGCCGCCCACCAGAUUUGUGAAGCGGAGCCCGCUCAAGGAUGCGAUGGCGAGGAAACUGGAGGCAGCGGCCGCAGCGGGCGAGCCCAGCGACGAUGAAUCGUUCUCCCUCCCCCCUCUCCCCUCAUGUUCCAUUGUUGGCCAAACACUCAAUCAAUCUCCCUCUCUGUCUGAACAGGAGCUUGUCGAAGCAGCCACGCGAUGGCGUUCGUCACUUCCUCCCCGGCUGCCUUCUAAGUUCAAGCGCCAAUUCCCAAGGUUCCAGUCCAGACCGCGCCCAGGCACCCACUUGACAGAAGUCGUUCUGAACCUGUCUGGUUCUGCUGCUGCUCAGGAGAAACAGCUGGAACCUGCUCCUGUGUCAGAUGCAUCAGUCAGUGCUGCUGAAGAAGUAGCGGUGACCCAAGAAGAAGAUGUAGGAGAUAUCGAGGCGGUGGUGGAAGCAGCGCCGAAUGGAAAGAGGGAGAUUAACUUUGAGAAGGCGAAUCGCAACUGCACCGACCCCUUCCAGUUUGAAAACAUCCGCAAGGAGCCCUGCGCGUGUACGCCUUCUGACUAUGCGAAGGAGUACUCGAAAGGGGAUGAUGGCAAAUGCUACUUGCAGUAUCGCCCAAGCAACUGCCAGGGAGGGCAAGAGUCGAAGCGAAUCCUGGUGGACCUUCUGUUCUGUGAGUUGAAGCCUGUCCCAUGCACAGAGGCGAACGUGAAGAGCAUGUACCUCACGUGCGACUACAUCCGUGACCCAGCCACCAAUCAGCAGCUCUCCAAGACUCGCAUGAUCCAGGUGGUGUACUAUUUCGACAAUCAGUGCAACCCUGCUGCUCGUGGCUCCCUUGCCCUCCCUCCCAGCGACUACAUUCCUUGCGACACGCGGUGUGGCCCGGGGAUGUUUCUCAAAGGCAACAACUGUCACAAGUGCCCGCAAGGCUACUAUAGCAUGGGAGGCGGGUUCCGUUAUGAUGCCUUCAAGGACCUCGACCCCAAGGUCUUCCAGACAGAGUGCUCGUUCAGCAACAACACGGGCACGUUCCCCUGUGAGGGGUGGUAUGCGGAGGAGGGGCAGCUGAAAGUGGGCUCCUACGACCCUGCCAACUACUGGCUCGAGGAGGAGUGUGCGUACUUCACCAACAUGACGUGCCACAACAACCUGCAGUCCUCGCUCAAGCUGCCACUCACUCUCGUCAGGGACGGGUAUGUCACAUUCCGCUUCACAGUGAGCUCGGAGCGGCAGCGGGAUGGACUGGUGUUCUAUAUCGACGACCUUAACACCCCCGCCAUGCUGCUGGCUUACAACCAGUUCGAUCCUAAGGAGGUCCGCUUCCCCCUGGCAGCAGGAAGGCACACGCUCGUGUGGGCGUAUGUCAAGGACUCGUCGUUCACACAAGGCAGGGACUCUGCCGCCCUACAGUUUCUGGAGGUGGACGGCAUUGCAUUCACCGACUCAGCCUGCCUCAAAUGCCCUGCCGGCUUCUUCAGUGGGGAGCAAGCCACCAACUGCACAGCAUGCCCUCCCGACCACAUCUCAGCGGAGGGGUCAGGCCAGUGCGAGGCGUGCAACAGCACCACGUUCGCCCUCGCCACACCCCGCACCCAAUGCACCCCACGCCCUCUGUGCAACGUGACAGUAGACGCCACGCCCACCUUCACCCCCUGCGUUGCCUCCUCGCGCACGCGCACCAGGGUGUGGUCGUGGCUCUCCCCUCAAGUCUGCCAGCCCGACCCCGCCCAUGGCCUCCCUCCCAACACCACCGAGCCAUGCGAACCCUGCCCGUCAGGGCAGUACGCAGUUGUGGAUUCUGCCACUGACACUCUCACCUGCACCUUCUGCCCCACUGGCACAGCGCGGAACGUCUCAGAAGCACCAACAGUACAACCACUCCCCCCUCCAGGCGCGGCUGCCCCUCCCUCUGCAGCCCCCUCAACCACAUCGGACGAAACUUGCCACCCGUGCCAGCCUGGCGAGGCAGCAGUGAGGAUGCUCUUGCUGGAGCACUUCCGCACCGUGGAAGAGGGGAAGCUUCCCAGCGGCUUCCAGACUGGAUGCAGUGGGGAGUGUGGGUCAGGCGGGUGGCGAGUGGUGGGGGAUUAUCUGGACUCGGGGGCGAAUAACGGCAAGACUGCCUCUGUGUGGCUGGCACUCACAGUGAAUCUCACCAUCCCUGGCUACAUCACAUACGACUUUGACGUGGACAUCCCUCCUGGCGACCUGCAGCGCGGACUCUUCUUCUACGUGGACGACAACCUGCUCGAGAACAUCGAGGACGGGGGCAGCAUGGGCGUGAGCGUGCCAGUGGGUCGCAGCAGCAGCCAGCAUUGGCCGCUGGCAGCAGGCAGCCACCGCAUCAUGUGGGUGUGGGUCACCCUCAACGCCGAUCGCACCUCCGUCGAUCGCUCCUCUGCCAUCCUGCACAGCGUGCGCGUGUGGGGGGCGGCACAGGGGGGCGCGCCCGGGUGUGUGCGCAUCCCUGCAGGCGCGCAGAAGGGGCAGAGCGGGGACGCGUGGGAGGAGUGUCCUGCUGGGUAUUACAGGCAACCGCACAGCCUGCCAGCCGUGCGGCCUGGGAACAUCUUUCGCAUAGGGGACGUCACGUCGCCCUCCUCUUUCUGCACCUUCAUUGUUCGCUCCUUCAACUCCACCAACACGCUCCUCUACGACCUCUCACCUCCCUCUCAGUCAACCUUUUUUGCAUCUCGCCCUUUGCUCUACCUUCCCCUGCCACCAUCUCAGGGCAACCGCACUGCUUGCCAGCCGUGCGGCCUGGGCACAUCCUCUCUGGAGGGCAGUGCGGAGUGCGCCAUAGGGGACAUCACCUCGCCCUCCUCCUUCUGCACCUUCAUCGUCCGCUCCUUCAACAGUACAGACACGCUCCUUUACGACCUCUCCCCCCUCGCGCACCAGAACCUGGGCCGCCUCGUGGGGCCCAUAUACGAAGGCCCAUCCUUUGUAGACCUGCAGAAGGGUCCUAAGUACUAUGUGUCGGUGUGUGCUCGCAGCAACAGUGAUAACGCUGUGUAUCGCCCUGUCGCUUCCUCUGCUGCUGCUGGGGGUGCUGGUGUUGGGGGUGGUGCGGCUGGGGGUGGUGGUGUGUGGAGUGGUGAUAGUGGUGGUGGGAAGGGGGGCAGGGGCGGCAAGGGAGAGAGAGCGAACACGAAGUACCCGUGCAUCAUGUACACUGGGAAGCCCCUCAACAACACUUAUGUGUGCCGGAUCAACCCGAAUCUGAAUGAGCACAGCACAGCCACAUCGGCCCACAGCCUGGGGGACACCGUGUCACUGGCCCCUUUGGGGAGCUUCUCCGAGCCGCAGCUGCAGCGGCGAGGGCUGGUGAUGUCGUUCCACGGAGAGAGCUGCCCGAUGUCCGACGCCCCCAGCACCUUCAACCUCACCUUCAUCUGUGACCCCGAGGCUGGCUACGGCCACCCAGAGCCAUGGACGGAGGGGGGCAAGAAGGCAGCUCUGAACCCGACCCUCUCCUACCCGGCAUGGGCCAAUCGGUCGGGCGAUGUCAUCCCCGUGGGGCGCGAGGCGCCUGUCUCAUGCCUGUUCCAGAUGGUGUGGUACACGGCGUAUGCGUGCCCGCUGUGCACUGUGCUGGAUAUGGAUCCUGUUGCCGUUGCCAACUGCAUCGACAACAAGCGCUUCACCUACAAAUACAAGACGCCAAGGCUUUGCCAGCCAAAUCCCCAGGUGCCCUUACCUCCUGAUGAGUACUGCCUUCCCUGCACCAAGGACGACUACCAGAGAUUUGAGGACUCUUGCACCGACGCCAACGGUGUGCACAACGUAACAUACAUCUGGAAGCUCCCGAAGACUUGUAACGAGGACCUUUCUGGAGCGGAGAAGCUUCCGGAAGGGACACUGGCGGGGAUUUGUGACAUGGAGGUCAAGCUUUCCGUGCACGUGGGAGGCAACGCCACCAUCAGCGGCAGCAAUGACCGUCAAAUCCUCGCUCUCGAAGCCAGCUUCGGCGCGGGGCUUCCGAAGACCAAGGCUGACGCGCUCUCCUUCUCCCUUGCGCAGAUGCAGCCCCUGCUUGCUUGUUCCGACCCCCUGCCUCCUCUCCCUUCAUUUCAGGGCCAGGCAGUGUUAGUGCAGCGAGGCGACUGCAGCUUCGCCUCGAAGGCCCUCCGCGUGCAGCGGCUGGGAGCAGCUGCUGCCAUCGUCAUCAACAGUGAAGAAGGUAUCAUUGGCAUGGGUUGCAACGCAACAGACUUGACUGAAGGCGUUGUGACUAUACCGGUGGUCAUGGUCUCCAACUCGUCAGGCCAAUUCCUCCUUCAUGCCCUCUCCAACGCCUCCGCCUCCCCCUCCGCCUCCGCCUCCGCCGCGCCAGUCACUGUGUCCCUGUACGCGCCUCCGCGGUCACUGCUGGACCUGGCAGAGCUGGUGCUGUGGGCGCUGGCGCUGCUGUCGCUCGUGGGCGCGUCCGCGUGGGCUGCCGCGGAGGAGAAGGCCGCGCUGGAAGGGAAGAGUGGCGCGGGGCAGUCCCUGGCGGACCAGCCACAAGGCGACUCCUCGGGAGCGUAUGACAUGUCAGUGGGGUCAGCAGUGGGUUUCGUGGUGAUGUCGUCUGUCAUGCUGCUGCUGCUCUUCUUCCUCAUGUCGCCCCUCGUCUUCUACAUCAUCCUCACGCUCUUCUGCGUUGCGGCGCUCGAGUCGCUCUAUGUGUGCCUCUCCUCGCUCCUCCACAGGCUCUUCCCACUCCAGUCUCCUCACGGCGUUGCUCUCCCCCUCCUCGGAUUCGUCUCCUGGCUCUCCCUCUCCUCCUUCCUGCUCUCCCUCGCCCUCACCAUCACCUGGGCUAUCUUCCGCAACCACCCUGAUGCAUGGGUGGCACAGGAUAUCCUGGGCAUAGCGCUGAUGAUCACGGUGCUGCAGGCAGUGCGUCUGAAGCCCUCUUUGUCCUUUUACCGCCCGCUCCCCCCCACCCCUCCCCACCCUAUCACAGGGCAUAGCGCUGAUGAUCACGGUGCUGCAGGCAGUGCGUCUGCCCAACAUCAAGGUCAGUCCGCCGGUCCUCGCACCUUCUCGCACUCGCACUCUCACAUCCUCACACCCUCGAUUGCUCCAUUGCACCCCCACCCUUGUACACUGCCAUGGGCUAUGCAUGGGCUUGUGUUGUGUCUUCCAUUUCCCCUCCUCAUCAUGUCUCUCAGCAUGUCUCUCAGCAUGUCUCUCAGCAUGUCUCUCAGCAUGUCUCUCAGCAUGUCUCUCAGCAUGUCUCUCAGCAUGUCUCUCAGCAUGUCUCUCAGCAUGUCUCUCAGCAUGUCUCUCAGCAUGUCUCUCAGCAUGUCUCUUAGCAUGUCUCUUAGCAUGUCUCUCAGCAUGUCUCUCAGCAUGUCUCUCAGCAUGUCUCUCAGCAUGUCUCUCAGCAUGUCUCUCAGCAUGUCUCUCAGCAUGUCUCUCAGCAUGUCUCUCAGCAUGUCUCUUAGCAUGUCUCUUAGCAUGUCUCUCAGCAUGUCUCUCCCCUCUCACCAGGUGUCCACUGUGCUGCUCUCCCUCGCUUUCUUUUACGACAUUUUCUGGGUCUUCAUCUCGCCGCUCUUCUUUAACGGAAAGAGCGUUAUGAUCGAGGUGGCAACAGGGGAGCGCACGGGAGGAGAGGGCAUACCCAUGCUGCUCAAGGUGCCGCACAUAACAGAUCCAUGGGGGGGAUACUCUGUGCUGGGCUUUGGCGAUGUUGUGCUGCCAGGCCUCCUCAUCGUCUUCACCAGAAGAUACGACUGCAUCACCAAGAAGAUGGGCAUGGAUGGGUACUAUCUGCCGGCCAUCAUCGGCUAUGCUGUGGGCCUGCUUCUCACGUUUGUGGGGCUGCUUCUGAUGAACGGCAACGGACAGCCCGCGCUGCUUUACCUUGUCCCUUGCACCCUUGGGGUGAUUGUGCUGUUGGCGUGGCGACGAGGGGAGCUGAGUGCUCUCUGGAACCGGGGAGAAGAGAGCUCUGAACCCAGGUAG